CUCCUGCCACAAAGGAAGCAGGAUUGGAGUACUACUCAUGUGGAUGGAAAAGAAAACGCUUCGCGCUCUGUCGCUGACAUCUACUGAAUCUGCUCGAUUCGGAGGCGUUGGAUUUCUUUAUUUUGCGAGAAUUUUCCACAGAAAUCGUUAGGAAUCCACAGGUCUUUUGUUUUCGCGUUUGAUUCACGAGAAUCGUCAUGGAAGAAGAGCGCGCGCGUUUAGUUUGAGUUACGGCGCGUGUUAUUUACAGAUAGACCGGAUGUUUCUGCCUUGGAAGACUCAAUCUGAGACGCCGCCCUGUUAUUAGAACUCCCAGCAUGGCAGCUCGCAUGAGGCUUGUGCUGCGUUUGCUAAUGCUGUACAUAUUUACUGUGCGGGAGGGCUGGCCAGUGUGUGUGGACGUGCCGUCUGACACUGAGGCCGUGGUAGACAAAUAUAUGAAGUUAACCUGCAUCUUCUGCAUGAAACGAGAGGAGAUCGCUGCGAAAACCAAAGUGGAUUGGUACUACAUCGGUCCAGAUAACAGAAGAGUGCUUAUCUAUCAGUACGAUGGUGACCCGCGGGAGCCAGAGUAUAUAGAAGAGCACUGGAGAGGUCGUCUGGUGUGGAAUGGCAGUAAGGACUUGCAGGAUGUUUCGAUUGUUAUCCAAAAGGUCACUUUAAAUGACACUGGCAAAUACGAAUGCGUGGUGUUCCGCCUCUUUGAGUUUGAUUCAUUCACGCCUUCUACUACAAAGACAAUCGAAAUCGAUCUGGAGGUGAAAGAAAAAGCCAGCCAGAACAUCACAGCCCUGUAUUCAGAGAUCAUAAUGUAUGUUCUCCUGGUGUUCCUUACAUUCUGGUUACUGGUGGAGAUGAUCUACUGCUACAGGAAGAUCUCCAAAUCUGACGAGCAGGCGCAGGAUAAUGUGACAGACUACUUAGCGAUUCCCUCUGAAAAUAAAGAGAACCCGGGCCCUGCAGUUACGGAAUAAAAGUCUCACACCAUUUACGGUACUGAAGAGUCUAAAUAGCAAUUGGCUUAAAAUGGAGACAGGAGCCAAUCUCCCUAGAGCUGUUCUGAGAAACCAGGAAACCUGCCAAUUCAAAUCCCUCUUGUCUUGAUCAUGUGAUUUGUGAAACAAACUCUUAACUGGUUCAUUAUGUCCCUCUGUCUCAGUGAAUUUCCACAGUGACACAUCUAAUCUCAGACUGAUAAGGACUUGUCUCUAUUCUCAAUUUAGCCUUAGCAGAGCCACAAAUACAGCAAACCAGAGCUGAAGAGCUAUCAUACUGCCUGUACACACACUUAUUUCUUGACCAGAUGUCAACCAAAAUUGUUGGAAUACCCACAUAUCUCUUUCCUUCUUUGUAUGCUAAUCUUACACAUAGAUACAAAAAUAAGUCUGGAUUCUGAUUAGAUGGUUUUUAUUGUCAUGUUUUCUAUUAAAUUAAUCUUAUUAUAAUAUGUAUUGUUAUGUUUGGCUUAUAAAUCACUCAGCUUUGACAUUUUGGAAUCAAUAAUAUGUGAAACUGAGGCAGGCAAACAGCUGUAAUGAGGUCAUACUGUGUACAGCGUAUGCUUUUUGUGUGAUUGGAAACACGUGGUGUGGUUUGCAUUUACUGUGUGCAUUGCACAUUGUAGACAGUUGCAUUUAGAAUGAUUUUGCAGAUUUAUAGCAAGUCCCUGAGAUUACGUUUGCUCAAAUAUCACUAGAUGGAAUGACCUAAUUAUGAACUUAUUCCACUGGAUGCUUGGCAGUUUUUACAGAAGCCACAUUGCAAUCUAUUGUUAUUGAUUAGUGCUUAAUAAUGUUCAAGUUUAACUGCAACGGUGGGAUUUUUCGAAGACAAGCGUGCUGUCACUGUAUACAUUCAAAACACUGUCUUUAUCUUCAUUUACAUUUCUUUCUUUAUAAUUUAUAUAAACACUUGACUUUUGACUGUACUAUGUGUUUGUAUAUCCUUUUUUCACUGGUUUUCUUUUAUUAUGAAUUUACACAUUUUAAUAUUUUUUUAUUUUUAUAAAUAGGACAGUGGUGCAGGCUUCUCUUACUGUUAACUUUGUCUUUUGUAUUAUCUGUCCUGUUAAACUGGAGCUGAUCAUCACUUGUGAAAGCUUGUCAUAGACUAUUAAACAAAGGCAACGCAUUCCAAAAAAUUUUGACUACUCAUUAUUUUGGGAAGAUUUAUUCUCCAGUUAAUACUUAUGAGACAUUUCAGUCUGAAAAAAAAAAAAAUAGGAAAAGGAAUCAUAUUUAUUUUAGAUUUAUGAACUUUUCAACAGUUAUAAUAAUAAUAAAAAAUAUUAUAUGCCGAUGCUGUCAGUUUUUUUCUA